GCCAGACUUUGAUGACGAUGACGACGAUGAUGAGGGAAGCAAGUUGUUCAGGUGUGACGAUGAAACAGGAGGUGGCAAUGACAAAGAGCGCUUUGCCAGGACAUCAGAGUGGUCUUUCUCUCUCUGCACUUCUUGCUCUCUUUUGUCACCAACUGGGCUUCAAAGACCAGACUCUUGCUUUCAUACUAUUGUUUUUUUGUUGUUUAUUUACAGAUUGAUUUUGAAUUUUUGUGCAACCAUUAUGUCUCUCGCCAUCUGUCAUUCUCACUUCUUUCCUGGUUGGCUUACUUACAUUGCAGCAUUAACUCUAAAUUCGACUCCAUGUUGUCCACCUGCCCACCGGUUUCCCCCAUCUCAAUCCCUCCUAUCCUUUCCACCUCUGCCUCCCGUUGUCAUUUCCUCGCUUCAGGGAGAACCACAGUGAGAUUGAGAGGCGAAGGCGGAACAAGAUGACCGCGUACAUCACAGAAUUGUCAGACAUGGUGCCCACCUGCAGUGCACUAGCAAGAAAGCCAGACAAACUAACUAUCCUGCGAAUGGCUGUGUCCCAUAUGAAGUCUCUAAGGGGAAGUGGCAACACCAACUCGGACGGGUCGUACAAACCCUCCUUUCUCACUGACCAGGAACUGAAGCACCUCAUCCUGGAGGCGGCCGACGGUUUCCUGUUCGUGGUGUCAUGCGAGACAGGCCGCAUUGUUUACGUCUCAGACUCUCUGACACCCGUCCUCAACCAGGCACAGUCGGAAUGGCUCGGCUCCUCCCUGUAUGAUCAGCUUCACCCGGAUGACACAGAAAAGCUCAGAGAGCAGCUCUCCACCGCUGAGAAUAACAACACGGGGAGGAUGCUGGACUUGAAAACGGGAACAGUGAAGAAAGAAGGCCAGCAGUCGUCAUCCAGAAUGAGUAUGGGAGCCCGUCGAUCAUUCAUCUGCAGAAUGAGGUGUGGCACUUGUCCCGUGGAACCGAUGUCCAUGAAUAGACUGAACUUCCUGAGGAAUAGAAACAGGAAUGGUUUGGGUAUUGCCAAGGAAGGAGAGCCCCAGUUUGUGGUGGUCCACUGUACAGGAUACAUCAAGUCCUGGCCCCCUUCAGGAGUAUCGUUAACAGACGAUGAAGCCGACAACAAUCCGGGGAGUCGCUACUGUCUGGUUGCUAUUGGGCGAUUACAGGUAACUUGUUGCCCGGGUGACACAGACAUCAACAGUAUUAGUGUUCCAGUGGAGUUCAUCUCGCGCCACAACUGUCAGGGCAUGUUCACCUUUGUGGACCACCGCUCCAUGGCAGCUGUCGGCUAUCAACCACAGGAUUUAUUGGGGAAGAACAUUCUGGAGUUUGCCUUCCCUGAAGACCAGGGCUUACUAAGAGACAGCUUCCAACAGGUGGUGAAGCUGAAGGGCCAAGUCCUGUCAGUGAUGUUUCGGUUUCGCUCCAAAUCGAGAGAAUGGAUCUGGAUGAGAACCAGCUCCUUCACCUUCCAGAAUCCCUUUUCAGAGGAGAUUGAGUAUAUCAUCUGUACCAAUGUCAAUGUCAAUAGAAACUCAACUCAGGACUCCCUCCCACCCAUCUCCUCCCCACUGGGUCUGCUGCCCCCCUCCCUGGGUCAGAGCAGUCCAACCUGCCCUCCUGUAAUGCUCAGCCCUGGGCAGGUGGCCGCCAGGCAGUUGCAGCAGCAGCAGGCUGAGCUGGAGGGAACCGGAGACGGUCUCUAUGAGGCAGGAGCGCUCGCCCUCGCACAGAUGCCGGUGCAGCCGGUUGCCGCGGCAGGGCCCGACCACAGCAAGAGCCUCGAGAAGCCAGAGCUCUACCCCUCCCUGUUCCAAGGGCCAGAUCAGACCAAGGGCCUGCCCUCCACCUCCACCCCGACCACACAGAUCUACCCUCCAGCCAACAGCUUCGCUGCCGGUCGAACCGGCGAUGCAUACAGGCCAGUCGCCAUGGCUCAGCCGGCGCACUCGGCAGGGCUGAUGUUGGCUCAGAUGUCUCGUCAGAAUGGAGCGCCGCAGCCCCUCGCCCCCUCCAGCACUGGCAGCCCCCUUCACGCAGGACCAGCGGGAGGUUGGCCCGCAGCUGUAGCUGGAGUCAGACCACAAUUUAAUAACCAGGUGGCCCCCCAAGCUGCAAAGACCAUGGCUCCACAGUUUGCUCCCAUGGGAGGAUUCGGCGGUGGCUCUUCCAACGCCUUUGGCCAGAUGCCUACAGGGGCUGCUCCCGCGCAAACCAGCAAUGCCAGCUACCCACCCAUUAACGCACAUAUCGGCCUCAACGGCAACGGCUACGAUGGUUCUCGGUCCGGGCAGUUCCCUUCUCGAGCAGCGGAGGCCGUGUGGCCCCAGUGGCAAGGCCAGCAGCACUCGCAGAGUAAUGCAGAGCAGCGUCCGCACGGCCAGGGCAACCAGCAAGACAUUUUUCCUGAUGUGUUGUCGAUGCUGGACCAGCCUGCCAACUUCAACGGCGAUGACUUUGAGAUUCCCAUUUACCCGUCGUUUGACCAGUGACCCAGUCAAUGUUCCUCAGCUGGUCCGCCCCUUUUUUGUACACUCGGAUGUUUGUUUUUUGCCCUCACUUCCUUAUAUUCUAUAGCUUUUCUGUUCCUCUUUUCUUCCCGCUCCUGAGAGUAGCACUCGUCCCUUGCUGUGCACUUCUUCAAUUGCGCUGCCAAAAGCCAGGACAUAUCUGACUGCAGAUAUAUAAGGGAGGAAAAUCAAGGAAGACAAUUGUUUUAACAAUAUUACAACCAUUGUUAGAGAAUUAUCUGGCUAGCACCACCCAAAGCUCAAUGUUGUAGAUAAAAUAAGUAAAAGCGCACAAUUGCCCAACCACACUUGAAUAAUAACACUUCAACUUUGGUAAACAUACACAGGAAGUAAAAGCACACACAAUGGCCUUAUUUUCUGAAAUGUUCCUAAUUUAUCUCAGGCUUCGAUGAUUAGUAGAUGGAGUAGACUAAUCACUCCGAUCUUUGAUUUAAACUCUCAGGAAUUUGCAGGGAUGUACAGCUUUUGGUGAUUUGUUUUCUUGUACUUCUCAGCUGUUGCGCACAAACCACCACAGUCUGUCCCGACCCCGCUCACAGUUUAAAAUCCACAGCACGUCUCUGCAUGUCAGCACCACUUUCAUGGAGCGUUUCUACGAUGUGUAGAUUUGUUCUGAAAACAGUUUUUACAUACAUUGUUGUCUUCACCUAUGCAUUUACUUAUUUUGAUUAUUACGAUGUCCUCAAACAGACGCACAGUGUUAACGGUGGCCUCAUGCUUUUUGUCUAGUUCCCUGUAUGUAUGAAAUGUAUUCUUCCUUGCCUUCAUAAACAUAGAUACAGUAUUGUGUGUAUGUAUGUACAAUGGAUGCUUGCAGUACAAUUAUUAAUUACAACACAGUCCAAGGGUUUCUGACUUGCUUGAUAGUCUUAUUUUUCUUGCCAUCCAUUGCUCUGUUUCAAGUAUGAGCUUUUUGUACUUCAUUUUGUAAAGUAAAUAUAUUUAAAAUUACACAGCAAUAAUUAACUAGCAGGAUUUAAUUACUUUUAAGGCCAUUUUUAUUUGUCACACACCCCCUUGAUUAUGUUAUUUUAAAUGUGAGAGCUAUGGUAGUAAUGGUUGAUUUAUUGUUAUUUUUAAACUUGAUGAUUUCUAUCAGUCUUUCUGAUUGGUAAUUGUUUGAUCAGGGUAUUCAGGAUUAGAAUGGAACUAAGCUGAAAACAUUACAAUUCAUUACUGAGAAUGCCCUAAAAGUGUUCCCUUUGUUCUCUUUGUGACAAAUGUUUUACUCCAAUUAUCUGUGUUUUACAAUCAUUUUUUGGUGACUUUGUACUGUAGAAGAAUACGGUGAGAUGAAACAUAUUGAGAUUUAUUAGAUAUUUGGAAUUAGUUGGAAUUUGGACCCUUUUGUUGCAAUGUUCCAUGUUCUGUGGGAAACACUUAUGAUUACAAAUGGUGUAAUUGUAUGUAAACAAUGUUGAUAAUUGUCCAGUUUUAAUCUUCCAGAGGAUGGUAUGUUGGUGACUGUGUAAUUGGUUGCUCUGUAUCCAGGUUUUAUUUUUCAAUGAUGUGAAGUCAUAGGAACACAAAUAUAUAAAUAUUCUGUAUAUGAAAAGUUAAA